AUGACUCAUGUUCCAUCAUCUUCCCACCCAGCCACCAACUUACCUCUCAUGUCUGCCCAUGCCAAGGUUCCAGAGGCCUACUUGUGGCCGGAGAAGGAGCGGCCGGCUUACGAAGCCGGAGAGCCGCUAAACGAGCCGGUGAUCGACCUCUCAGGGUUCUUAUCCGCAGACGAGGCUUCGAUUCGGCUCGCGGCCGACAUGGUCGGCUCGGCUUGCCAGAAACAUGGCUUCUUCCAGGUGAGGAACCAUGGAGUGGGAGGCGACCUCAUCUCUCGGGCUGUUAUGGAGGCAGAAGCCUUCUUCGGCCUCCCACUGCAUAAGAAGGAGAAGGUGCAGGGCUACUCUUAUGGUCACUCCCACCGCUUCGCUUCCAAACUGCCAUGGAAGGAGACCUUCUCCUUCCCCUUCCAUGCUUCCAACCCUGCCCUGGCUCUGAACCACCUCCAAUCCAUCCUCGGCGGCCAUGAAUCCGCCAAAACCGGAUUGGUAUACAAGGAGUACUGUGAGGCAAUGACGGACUUGGCAAUGAAGAUACUGGAGCUUCUGGCAAUCAGUUUAGGGCUGGAGAGGACGACUUUCAGGAGGUUCUACCAGGACAGCUGCUCCCUAUUGAGGUGCAACUUCUACCCUCCCUGCGAGGAGCCUGACCUCACGCUGGGGACAGGCCCCCACUGCGAUCCAACCUCGCUCACCAUCCUUCACCAAGACCAUGUUGGCGGCCUUGAGGUCUUUGCUGCUGAGAAAUGGCGCCGGGUUGCUCCCAGGCCUGGUGCUUUGGUCAUCAACAUUGGCGACACUUUCAUGGCACUUACCAAUGGAAAGUAUAGAAGCUGCCUGCACCGUGCUGUUGUCAACAGAGAUAGUGAGAGAAAGUCUCUCGCCUUCUUCCUCAACCCUAACAAGGACAACAUCGUGAGAGCUCCGGAGGAGUUGGUGCUUAAGGAUGGGAGAAGGGUGUACCCGGACUUCACCUGGGCAGCUUUCCUUGGCUUCACCCAGCAUAAUUACAGGGCUGACAUGAACACCCUUGAUGAGUUCUGCAGUUGGCUACUUAAUCAGGGACAACAACAGAAGUGA